UAUAAUCAAAGAUAAGUUUCCGAGUCUUUUGUGAUCCAGAAACCCAACAAAGAAGCAAAAUGGGACUCUGUUUCCCACCAAAAAGAAUCUUAUUCCCCUCUCUGUUUCUCAUGCUAAUCUCAUCAUCAUCAUCAUCAUCAUCAUCAUUAUCAUCGUCAAAAGUAGCUGCGGAAUCACAUGGAUUCAGCGGCAACGCUGAUACAGAGUUCAUGAGCAGUGUAUUGAGGGGUGAAUACGGAGGGCACAACGCGUCAGACAUGAAAACGGGGAGAGGAGGGAGAUGCAAUUGGUCACGUGGCAAAUGGGUGUACGAUUCAUCGUACCCUUUGUACAGUCCGUACAAAUGUCCCUUCAUAGAUCCUGAGUUCGACUGUCAGAAAUCCGGCCGUCCGGAUUCUCUCUAUCUCAAGUACAGGUGGCAGCCCUUCUCCUGCGACCUUCCAAGGUUCAAUGGGAUGAUAUUUCUGAGGAGAAUGAGGGGGAAGAGGAUAAUGUUCGUGGGUGACUCACUGAGUCUGAACAUGUUUGAAUCGUUGGCAUGCAUGAUUCACGCUUGGGUUCCCAAUGCAAAGUACUCUCUCCGCCGAAGCCAACCCCUCACUUCCCUCACUUUCCUGGAAUAUGGGGUGGAGAUGUACCUAUACAGAACACAGUUUCUGGUAGACGUAGUUCAAGAGGGAGGAGGAAGGGUUCUGGUGUUGGACUCCAUCAAACAAGGCGACGCUUGGCGAGGAAUGGACGUCCUGAUCUUCAACACGUGGCACUGGUGGACCCACACCUCCGGAAUCCAGCCAUGGGAUCAUAUGAGGGAAGGGAACACAUUAUACAGAGACAUGAACCGUUUGGUGGCAUAUUACAAAGGCUUGACCACUUGGGCGAGAUGGGUUGACCGUAAUGUUGACCCUAGUAAGACCAAAGUGUUCUUCCAAGGCGUUUCACCUGUCCAUUACGAUGGGAGGGAAUGGGGUGAACCGUCACAGUCGUGCAGAGGGCAGACACAGCCUUACAUGGGCAUGAAGUAUCCAGGAGGGUUACCAUUAGGAUGGAUAGUGGUUAACAAAGUAUUGAGCCGUGUAAAGAAGCCGGUCCGCCUCCUCGACGUGACCGUUCUCUCAUUGUACCGUAAGGACGCGCAUCCAAGCGCCUACGACGGCCUCCACAACGGUCUAGACUGCAGCCAUUGGUGUCUCCCCGGUUUACCCGAUACUUGGAAUCUCCUCCUCUAUGCUUCUUUAGCCCUCUGAUAUAUAUAUAUAUAUAUAUUCUUGUAAUGCCAUUUCCAGAAUUCGAUUUGUUCACAAGAACACUGUCCAUUCUUGGCUAUGGUUUAGUUUCUUUGUUUCAGAUUAUGUCUUGUUCCGUCUAGUUUCAAGCAAUAUACACCAGCUGUUGCUGUGUGAUUACACAUU